AUGCUAGAUAGAAAACACAUAGUACCUGAGGUAUAUGAUCAUUUAGAGACUAAUGAAGAUACACUUGCAGAUGAAAAUAACUUGGCACACCAUGUAGAUGUGUGUUUAGACCAGCUGGAGAGUAUGCGCAGCAACCUUUCCCUCACAUCCUCCCCAAGCUCUGUGCUAAAGCUAGAAAUAGAGACGCUGUUUAUGGACACGGACAGCAAAAUGGCAACUGAGAUGGAGCGCAUUGCGAUUAUACUCUGCAGAAUAGCUCACAGAAUUAUUCGGGCGGAGGCCCUUUCCGAAACAGACUACUCAAUGCUCCUCCAAAUAUUUGAGCUUGGCCUGUUUUUAGCGCAGUUCAAGGACCGGUGGCUAUCCUCUCUAGAAAAAUCGCGGGCCUUGCAAGCAAAUGGAUGGAGUACGCAAAAGGAAUUUAUUUCCCCUGGGCCUCUUUUUUCAUCUGCGCGUGAGCUCAUAUCGCUUGCACAGGAAUACAUACUGCGCCAGAGCGUGCUGUCUGGAAAUAGAUGCGACCUCUGUGCGUACGCAUUAGCUAACAUCAACGGGGUGUAUGCACCAAGCCUAUCUCUACUGCUUCAUGCACAGAAGGAAGAAAAAGUGAAUUCUUCAAAACCAGCAGCAGCUGAAGCAGAAAGUGAGCUAGAGCCUUCCAACACAAACCAUGCAAUUCCUUUAGACCAUUUCUACUUUCUCCUUUACAACAUGGCAGGCAUGUCAGAAAGCAAGUCAAAGAUACUUGCUAAAUGGGUGAACAAUGCAAGUGAAGAACUUGAUCUAACAGUGCUUUAUUUACCACAGAUAUCGACUCAGCUGUAUUUUAAGGAUGAGAUACAGAGAAUGAAAAAUCUAGAGGAGGUAAUUGGAAUUGUGCAGGCUGCAAACACCCACGCUAUUUUGAGUAUUCAUUCUGUAGUUAUCCACAGCCAUCGAAAGGGCAAGCUGCAAACAAGAGAUCUUUCAGAGCUACUCAUAAAUACAUAUACAAAGGAAGGGGCAGAGUAUACAAUACAGAUCCUUCAAGCUAUUUCAAAGUACAAUCCAGUGGCUGCAGAGUCUUUAACUAAGUCUCUCAUCAUUAUAGGAGGGGCUAUUGAAAUUGCAAAGUACUUUUUUAAGACUGCUUUUAUUAUCGAUCGAGACUAUGCAGAGUCCUGCAUACUGUGCAGUAGCCAAAUUGAGCACAUUCCAAAGAACAUGCUACGCCUUCUUUGCGACAGCGACUAUUUCCGGCUUCUGUGCGAAGAGAAGAACCUGUUUCAGCAAAUAGUCAAAACAGUGUCUGAGGAGCACAGUAACAAAGCAGUAGUCACUCGAAACAACGAGGUGACCAUUCGGUCUUACUGGGACAUUGGCAGAUUUUGCGAAAGAGUGUUUUUAGUGCAAAAUAUCACAAUUGAGUCGCUUGAAAAAGGCCUUCUUCUUAUGCUAUACUUCCCCGAUAUGUCAUUAAAGAUCAAAAAGAUAGUGUGGGACGAAAUAGAUAAAAAGGGAAUGCAUGCUGUGGGAAGAGCGGUUGACCGUUUGAUAUCUGCAAUCUAUAUGUCUAAUGGUCUGGAGAUAAAGAAGAGCAGCGCGGAGAAAGAGCAGCAGAGAGAAGUAUCUAUAGAUAAAAGCAGAUUUAGUGCGUCAGUUUCGGAUGAAAUAGACCAUAUAAUAGAUGUGCUAAAUCACUAUAGAGAAAUUCCCUCUGUACAGAAGCAACUGCUUAAGCUUGCAAAAUGCUUGGGAGUUUUUUCAAUUCUGUUUUCCGCCGAGCCAGAUGCCUUUACGAUUAAGUGCAUAUGCAGAGAGGUAAAGAAACUCAGAAAGGAUUCCAAAAGGCUUCACGAAUUCAUCAUGCAACUAAAAGAAAGAAACGAGCUGCACUGCGACUCAUACUGGUUUACGCAGGCAAAGAAGCAGAUAUCUCUUGGAGGCUCAAUUCGGUUGCUGCGCCCUAUUAUGCAGCAGAAUGACAUGCUCUAUCUUCUGAACAAUGAAGAGGAUAUUGUGUAUCUUCUCAGGCUAAUCAGUAAGAGGUCUGUGCCAGAUAUUGAUAUGGCUGCCAGUCUGCUGGAAAAGCUUGAGGUUGAUUCGCCGGGUGAGGUUGGGCUAGUUCUAGGAAGCAGGUCUUCCAUUAGCAUGACUGUUCCGAGCAAGAACAAGCCCAUCACUGCAUAUUUAAUGCUAACCCAGAAAGAGUUUACAGGGCGGCAGAGUGUGUUUAAGGCUAGUAAUAAGAACUCAGAAUUUGAGGUGUUUAUUAGAGACGGUAUGCUUAUGACAUAUUCAAAGAAAGUUAUUAAAGAUAAGAAUCAUACAGUGGAGGAAGUUGAAUGCAAAGUAGAGCAUGUACUGAACCAAGAGGCAGACUCUACGCCAGGAGUAUGCAGCCGAGGCGGCUGGGCAAUUUCAAUGGGAAUAACUCUGACUAGCAAGCAGUGCAUGCUUGUAAUAGGUGACAUUUCUAUAAAGAGCCCGCACGGAAUAAAGCCAACCGAGCUGGUGAUUGGAGAGGAGUUUAAAGGCGUUCUAAACAGAGCUCUUAUACUUGAAGAGUCGUACAAAAAAGGCAGGCUUUCAAGCAGGCCAGGCGAUGCCUAUUACAUUGAGAAUAUUAUUUCAAUUGAAAGAGCAUGCCAGUAUUAUAAUAGAUUUGGGGUAUUAAUAGACUCUCUUGUGCCUUAUGUGAUCAAUGGUUCCACCAAGGUUCGAAUGAUAAAUGUGCUAAAAGGUACAGCCAGCCAGUGGCGAGUAAGUGAAAGGCUGUGCAGGCAUAUUUCUAAACUAUCUGCAAAGCACUAUCAGAUCGAAGAGGUAUUGCACAGCAAUUUACUGCCACCAGCUACACUAACUGAGUAUCUGAUCAAAUAA